AUGCACUCACUAUGGAAGAGAAUAAUAUGUAUUCUAAUAUUGCUUGUCGUGGUGUUGGAAGUAAACAGCGAAUUUAUUGUCGAGGUGAAAGAACUAGACAUUGAAAAUGGCACGACAACUUGGCAAACCGUCCGAAGACAAAAGAGGGAGUGGAUCAAGUUCGCUGCUGCCUGUCGCGAAGGAGAGGACAACUCAAAGAGGAAUCCAAUCGCCAGAAUUCGAUCAGACUGUGAAGUGAAUCAGAAGAUUACCUACCGAAUCUCCGGAGCAGGGAUUGAUCGGCCACCUUACGGAGUGUUCACCAUUAAUCCUCGCACUGGGGAAAUUAACAUCACUUCAGUGGUGGACAGAGAGAUAACUCCACUAUUCUUGAUCUAUUGCCGGGCUCUGAAUUCACGAGGUGAAGAUUUAGAGAGACCCCUGGAGCUCAGAGUCAAAGUUAUGGACAUAAAUGAUAACCCCCCGGUCUUUACACAGAAUGUGUACACAGCCAGCAUCGAAGAAAACAGUGAUGCCAAUGCACUGGUGAUAAAGCUAAGUGCCACAGAUGCAGAUGAAGACAAUCAUUUGAAUUCUAAAAUCGCCUACAAAAUCAUCUCUCAGGAGCCCGCAGGUGCACCAAUGUUCAUUGUGAACAGGUACACUGGAGAAGUUCGCACCAUGUCCAGUUUCCUUGACAGAGAGCAACACAGUAUGUACAACCUACUUGUGCGGGGCUCAGAUCGUGAUGGAGCUGCAGAUGGGCUAUCCUCUGAGUGUGACUGUAGAAUCAAGGUUUUAGACGUCAAUGAUAAUUUCCCCAUCUUAGAGAAGACUUCAUACUCAGCAAGUAUUGAAGAAAAUUGUUUGAGUUCAGAACUGAUACGACUGCAAGCAAUUGAUCUUGAUGAAGAAGGCACCGAUAAUUGGUUGGCACAAUAUUUAAUCCUUUCUGGAAAUGAUGGGAAUUGGUUUGAUAUUCAAACAGACCCACGCACCAACGAAGGCAUUUUGAAAGUAGUCAAGAUGCUGGAUUAUGAACAAAUACCUAAUGUUCAUCUUGGUAUUGGAGUUAAAAACCAAGCGGAUUUUCACCACUCUGUUGCUUCUCAAUUCCGAAUGCACUCAACCCCUGUGAGAAUUCAGAUUAUUAAUGUGAGAGAAGGACCCGCAUUUCAUCCAAGUUCCAUGACUUUCAGUGUACGAGAAGGAAUAAGAGGAGAUUCCUUAUUGAAUUAUGUGCUUGGCACAUACACAGCCAUGGAUCUGGACACAGGAAAUCCUGCCACUAAUGUCAGGUAUAUCAUAGGGCAUGAUGCAGGCAACUGGUUAAAAGUUGAUUCAAGGACUGGUGAAAUACAAUUUUCUAGAGAAUUUGAUAAGAAGUCAAAAUAUAUUACCAAUGGGAUGUACACAGCAGAGAUCCUGGCUAUAGAUGAUGGCUCUGGGAGAACUGCUACAGGAACCAUAUGUAUUGAGGUUCCUGAUGUCAAUGACUACUGUCCAGUCAUUUAUUCUGAGAGCAGAACCAUCUGCAUGGUCUCUCCAUCGGUCCAGAUCUAUGUUAGUGAUCAUUCUUAUGGAGCUCCAUUCACCUUCUGUGUUAUUGAUCAGCCAACAGGAACAGCUGACAUAUGGAAUAUCAAAUCAAUGAAUGAUACUUCUGCAAUCCUGAGUACCGGUGAGGUCAUAUCUCCCGGACUUCACCAAAUCCCAAUCCUAGUGAAGGACAACUAUAACAGGGCAUGUGAAUUGCCACAGAUCGUGCAGCUAGAUGCCUGCAGUUGUGACAACAACCACAUAUGUUUGCACUCUAGCACCCCGGGCAUCUAUACAGGGGACAUCAGCUCAUCUACUGAUGACAUGUAUGGGAUAAUCACUGAAGACCAAGCUGGGAAUUCAAAUGUUGGUCUUGGCCCAGCAGGGAUUGGCAUGAUUGCCAUGGGUGCCUGCCUUCUGCUGCUGUCUCCACUCUUGCUGCUCAUGUGCUGCUGCAAACGAAGACGGCCAGAGGGCCUGGGGACAAGGUUUGCUCCUGUGCCUGAGGGCGGAGAAGGAGUGAUGCAGUCCUGGAGGAUAGAAGGCGCCCAUCCCGAGGACAGGGAUGUGUCAAAUAUAUGUGCACCCAUGACAGCCUCUAAUACCCAGGAUCGAAUCGAUUCCUCUGAAAUCUACACCAACACCUAUGCGGGCGGAGGAACUGUUGAAGGAGGUGUGUCCGGAGUGGAACUCAACACAGGCGUUGGAAUGGCUGAGGGCCUGGUGGCUGGAGGAGCUAUGGGGACCUUGAGGAGGAGGAGUUCUACCAUAGGUACCCUUCGGGAAUAUGCAGACACCGGCAUGAACAUGGCUUUCCUGGACAGCUACUUCUCAGAGAAAGCAUAUGCAUAUGCCGAUGAGGAUGAAGGACGACCAGCCAAUGACUGCUUGCUUAUCUACGACCAUGAGGGAGUUGGAUCGCCCGUGGGCUCCAUUGGUUGCUGCAGUUGGAUCGUGGAUGACCUAGAUGAAAGCUACAUGGAAACUUUAGAUCCAAAAUUUAGGACUCUUGCUGAAAUCUGCUUAGACACAGAAAUUGAGCCAUUUCCUUCACACCAGGCCUGUAUCCCUAUCAGUACUGACCUCCCUUUGCUGGGACCUAAUUACUUUGUUAAUGAAUCUUCAGGAAUGACUCUCUCAGAAGCUGAAUUCCAAGCAGAAAUGGCAGCAUCUGAACCCAUGAUGCCUGGGGAUAUCAUAGUGACUGAGACUUUUACUACUACUGACCCAUGUGUACAACCUACAACGAUUGUUUUUGAUCCUCAGCUUCCUCCCAAUGUUGUAGUAACAGAAACAGUGAUGGCACCUGUCUAUGAUGUUCAAGGGAAUAUUUGUGUACCUGCUGAGUUAGCCAACACACACAAUGUAUACUAUGCUGAGAGAGUCCUGUCCAGCCCUGGUAUGCCGGACAUGAAUAAUGGUAGCAUGACCGAUGGUUGUAUGGGACCUAUGAUGAGUGGUGGUAUUUUGGUAGGGCCAGAAAUUCAAGUGACACAAAUGGUGAGUCCAGACAUUCACAUAAGCCAAACCACUACAUCCCCAAUGACAUCUCGACACAGAGUAACACUAUCGAUAUAG